CAUGCUGAAAAAUUCAGAGACGCGUUUCCUUUUUUGCGCAGUGAAGAGGUGAGAGAGAGGAAGAGCCCUGAUGUAAAUCUCAUCCCCUUAAAUCUCUCCCUUUCUUUCGCUUAUCUUUCUCCCAGAAUCUCACGAAACCCUAGACUUUUCGUCAUUUCUUGUGAUCAAAAUCCAGUUUCCUUUCUUCUUCUUGGAAAAUAUGUGUCCGUUGAGAUUCUUGUUGGUGUUCUUCUCUGCGGUUCUCGCCGGAUAUUUCGCGUGGAAGACGGUGAGUUCUUCUUCCCCUGAACUCAUCUCAGACGAAGACUCACCUGUAGAAUUGAAUGAUAAACAAGGACUCUGUUUCAAAAAGAAGAUGGAGAAAGGGUUUUGGGUGUUCGUGGACAUGGCCAGCGGCAAAUACCUGUGGAGGAAUCUCAAGCACAUGAGGGAAUAAAACUCAUUGAAGAUGAUUUAGGUCAACAAUUUCGUCUCUUCCUUGUGCAGAAAGUUAACGGAAGGUUCAUAAUACGUUAGAUGAGGAGUUCAUAAGUAACACACCUCUGUUUUGUUCUAAUUCUUACCCUGAUUUUUUUUUUUUUUUUUUUUGUAAUUCUGAUAUUUUUGUCUGUAAUCUGGAAACAAAAUCAAUCAAAAACGUUUGUAACUUUCAGGCAUUUCUUCUUUAUUUACUAUUCUUUUCAAGCAAAUCAUGAGGCAAUCAUGGGAAAGAUAAAACACACACACUUUCAUCAGAUCAGGAACAUUUUUAAUGCAUGAUCGAUUUUUAUAACCAAAUCAAUACUUGUAUAAUCUUAGGUUCUCUUCAUCAAAUAACUUGACGCAUUCGGGCAAAUAAUGUAGAAUUUACAAACAUCUUUUGUUGAGUUACCUAAAUUCUUAAGAGCAUAUAGCUUGUUGGAAAUUUAAACAAUACUAAACAUUUGGAUCUGAUGUUUUUAUUAUUCUAAACGGAUAUGGAUAUGAUUAUCAAAGUCCAUCAUAGUAUCCUCCAUAACAUAUCUGAGCUCUGGCCACUGGAAGUCCUUUCAUUACAGAUAUUGCUUCGUUUAGCUUUGUUGCAUGCUUCACCACUUCAUUCAUUCGCUGCAAUAGUGUAACAUAUGUUACUAAUUCAUAUAAAUCAACUUCAUACAAUUACAACGAGUUUGGACAUUUAAAAGAAGAAAAACCCUGAUAUAUGACUUAUUUAGAAGAUUGGUUGGGUAGAAACAUGUUUGAUUAGUGUUCUUACAUGCCUACUAAUCUACCCAGUUCCGGCCCUGAAUAUUUAUAAACCGGAAGUAAUUAAUAAAGAUGGCCUAUUGUUGUAGUUAGAAACUGAACCCAUUACCUAUAUCUCAAUUUUGACUUUUAUUAACCACUAAACUACUUAAUAUUUUAUGAAAUAUUUUGGCCGAUAUUUUACAUAAACAAAAAAGGUCAGAAGCCUAGCCUUCCUUGGUUUCCUCUCAGACCCGCUACUGAAUCGACCAACUCGAUCUCAAAAUAAAAUACCUUGAGGAUCAAAGUAAAUGCAAUUAUGCAAGGAACAAUGACGUUUUCUAAAACGUGUAGUGUGACUUUGAAGCAAGAAAAGAUAAACACGAAACGUGUAAAGACAAAAUAAGUAUCUUCUCCAGCAAUUAUUUAUUGUUCAAUUUACUUAGACAUGUAAUCAGCUACACCGCCAAAAACAUCCUUAUCACUUUGGUCGAUUCAAAGACACAAACCACUUUUCUGAUCAACAUCUUCCAUUUUAACUAAGUUAAAUUUGUGCAAGUUUAGAUUUAAACUUUACAACACUUUGCCAAUAAAAGUAGCAUAGCAAACUUAAUAAUCAAUUCAGUCAAAAAAAAAAUCAGUAAAAACUUAAUAAUCAAUGGUAAAUAGUAUUUGACUUUUCCAAACAUAUCAAAAUUUGGAUUCAUGAGACAAGAUUCAAUGUAACUUGAACUAAUGCUAUCUGGUAAAAAGCACACCACUAACCUAAUUAAAAUAGAAAUAUUUACCUUAUUGUCAUCAGAGUAAAUCUGGAACCUAAGGAUCUGGUUCUUGUUCUUGUUCCGGCAACCUUGGAUACUAGUGUUGUGUCCAAGGAAGAAGACACAGAAGGUGGCUGCAGCAGCAGCAACACCAAAUGAACAUAUAGCUCCAAUCCCAUGAAGACCCAUCUUCCACAAAUUCACUUUUUCACCACAUAUGUUCUCAUUUUCACCCUCUGUUCCCAUCUCAUCAUCGUACUCUUCUCCUGAGACAGAGUCUUUCUCAUCGUUCUGAGGCAAAGGACUUGUGAACCUCUCUGGCAAGUCUAUUCUCAUGUCGACAAAUUCGUUUUCCUCGUCUGUUUUGAAGGUUAAUCUCGGCGACGGAACAGAGUCCUGGUUCUUCUUGUGGUCUGUGUCUUCCACGGUUGACACGGGUUCCCAAGUUAUGGGAACAUGGAGGAGCUGAGUGGGGACCACGGUUGAUCUGACAGAAUCUUGUGUUGGGCAGAUGAAGUAAUCCAUGUCAAAGCUUUUCUUGGUGUUUCUAGUGAUCAUCACCUCUGCAUAAUGAUCCUCGUCUUGGUCAAGAUCUUUGGGGAGUAGUUCCCAAUCUUCAAGAUCCAUCUCUUCAGAGUAAGAAGAAAAUAUAAUUUUUUUUUAAAAAAGCUUGGUUUUGAGAGAGACCUCUCUCUCUUUGUUGUGAAGAAGGUUUCUAGAUCCUUUAAUAGAGCAAUGAAGAAGAAGAAGAAAAAGAAGAAGAAGA